AUGUCGCUCAUUGAUGUUUACGUCAAAUUACCGUCUGGUAGAACAUCAGUUCAGAAUCUUCAGCCGACAGAUCUGGUGGAGAAAAUCUACAAGAAUGUUGCGGGAGAGGAAGGUGUUGGGAUCGAAAGAGUACGCAUCAAAUACACGGGCAAAGUUCUCAAGAAAUCGGACACCAUCGGUUACAAGGGAAUCUGCCGGGAAACCGUCUUGAAAGGGGAGAUCAUUUUCCCCAAAGAGAUGACAGUUAUCAUCAAGGAUCCUUCAGGUGAAAGCUCCAUGAUAACUGUCACCAAUGUAGAUCCCAUUCUGAAGCUGAAGCGAGAAAUCUGUGGCAAAUUGGGACACCCAACUUCACAGCAAUCUCUACUGUACGGAGGUCGUUUGUUGACACCGGACACCCAGUCACUGAUGGAUGCUGGGGUAACACCUGAGGCUGUAAUUAACCUCAAAGUAACAGACCCAACAGCGACAUUUGGAUGGAGUCCGUCUGUCAAAAGAAAGAAGCCUCCGGAGGGAAUUACUGACGCAGUUCUGAGCAGUUUUAACUCGGCGGGACGCCCAGUAGAGGUUGUGUUUUCCUUUGACACUACGGGCAGUAUGUACUCCUGUCUUACUGAGGUUCGUACCAAGCUGCGGCAGGCUUGCACCAGGUUGUUACGGGACAUCCCGAACAUCCGUAUAGGAGUGAUAGCGCAUGGGGACUAUUGUGAUCAACGCUCUCAGUACGUCCUUCGCUCGGUGGAUCUGACAAGGGAUGUAGACAGCCUGUGUGCAUUCGUAAACGACGUGCCAUCCACGGGUGGAGGGGACACUCCUGAAUGCUAUGAGUGGGUCCUCCGGAAAGCACAGACCUUAGAUUGGUCAGAUGAAGCUGCUAAAGCCUUGGUUGUCAUUGGUGACUGUGAGCCCCACCCCCCAGGCUACACGGACCAGGGAAUUAACUGGCACCAGGAAUUGGAUGUCCUCGUGGGUAUGGAUGUCAAGGUGUACGGAGUUCAAGCUCAGAACCAGUCCGGCGUGAAGGAGUUUUAUGAGGAGAUGGCAGACAGAAGUGCUGGAUGCUACAUCAACUUCAAACAUUUCAACCUUAUCACAGAUAUGUUUUUGGCAGUGUGUUACAAGGAGUCGAGUGCAGAACAGCUUGAGGCCUUCUGUGAAGAGGUGCGAGAAGAUGGCAGAAUGACAGAGGAAAAAGAAGCCAUGUUCUCACAGCUAGAGAACACAACUCCGCAGAGAAAACAGAGCACUGGGCAGGGUGUUCGUUAUGUGGCCGCGCCCUGGUGGGACCCUCAGUUAGAUACCAGCAAGAGACCUCAAUACAAGUACACUGUGCAGACUGACUUGUGGGACACUUACACCAGCCCGCUGUCCUCCGUUACUCUACGUGGCAUGUGCCCAUCUCCCGUUCACAGUCCACAUACACGUAGUAAGAGCCACAAGAAGAAGAAGACAGGCUGUGAAGUGAUGUGAUGAGAGCAAGCAGAAUUUAUUAUCUUCAUCGUCUUCGUCAUCUU